AUGUCUCGAACAAUGAACCAACGCGUGCGUCGUUGCCAAGAAAGAACAUGGGCAAAAGCACGGAACCCUGAUCCUGAUAACGCUCAAACGUCACCGACAUACAUCGGCUAUAGAAACGACUUCACUUGUCAGUCCAAAAAAGCAAUGAGCUCUACACGUUCUAGGGCGUCUAGGAAUACUCCUCUGGUAGGGGCUUUACCUACACCGGAAGCCUUAUCCACUGGCACCCGACGAAACACAAGAAGAACGACGAAAAUCGAAGCUCCUGUCUUGCUUGAUGAAGACGCAGAGGGGGAAACCGACGAUGCGGUAGGGGAAGAAGAGAACCCAGAGAUCACGCCCGACGUGAUCGACGAACGCAAACAGCGAACCCGAGGACGAGUCAACGAGAUCAAGCUGGAUAGCGGUGAAGAAGAUGUCACCGAAGGUCGCAGUACGAGACGGUCAAAGUUGAAAAAAUCUGUAAGCUACAAAGAAGUACCUAUAGAUGAUGACGCGGAUACAUCUUUAUCCAUGUCUGUACCUCCAGAACUGGAACCGACCCGUUCUCGACAGCGAGGCUCAGCACGCUUGUCAGAGGUCCCCGCGCCCUCACCUCGUCGCAGCAGGAAAUCCGCAGAUGGAGAGUCUGACAAUACGCCCCCACCCAAGACCAUCGAGCGUAUAGGGUCAGGAAGAGGUGGCUUCAGCGUCAAGGGCGCCGCGGCAGCUGCCGCUAGGGCCAGGUGGGACAAAGUACGUAGGGAGAAGGCAGAGAGGGGAGAAGAUUCGGAUGGCGAUACUCCUCGCAGAGUCAAAGCUGCAGGCGGAGGGAGGAGGGAGCAGAGACCGAAUGUGGAGACUUUCGAAGUUGGAAGUAGUAUGACUCUCAAAGGGAAGGAAUAUACAGUGGGAGAUGACGAGUUGGUCCUGCCGGAUGACGUGAAGGGUGAUGCGAAAAUUGAUUUAGAAGGGAGACUGUUAGGCGGCCGAGAAUACAAAAUCGUCACUUUCACUUCCCCAUAUCGACGUAAUCCCAAUCGUCUUUACGGUCUAACAAUCGAUGUCGCUCGCGCAUGCGGUUACGUUGACUCGCUCGCUUUCCUCCGAAGAUGUCCCCUGCUACUCAAGUUGUCAUGCAAAGAGGAAGAACGGCAGAUGUUGAUAGAUAUUGGACGCGUGUCUGGAAAUCUGAAACAUCGUAUGGUCACCAUGGUGUGUAUGCGGAAUACAUUCAAGGUGAUGGGUGCGAGACUGAUCAAGGACGGUAAAUGGGUCACAGACGAUUAUUACGAAGAAGAAGCUCUCACCAAAUGUGCUCAAAGUGGUUUCACGCCCUACGGUCCAGUACACGAAGAUGAAAUCCUGUCAAACGCUCUUACUUCAGGUCAUCACAAUCGUCCUCCUAUCUCUGAGUACCCAACAAGAUCGAAUGUUUCUCUUGCACCAGUCUACACUCUUGGGGGUCCUACAACCCAAUUCGGUACCGCUGGUUUGGACCCUUGGACUGAUGCCGGGAUGGGUAAUAAACGUGCCAAGUUGCGCGGAAUGGAAGUGACGGAAGAAGAUUGGAUUUUGAGGUAUGCAGAGGAAAGCAGAGCACUUGACGAAACGUUGAGAGGAUAUAGACAGGAGAGAUUGUCGGUGUUGGAAGGUGAUGAUGCACGACCUUGGGUGUGGGCGGGGUUAUAUGGUGGUCUGGGCCAGUCAACGAGGCCGAGGUUGGUGCAGGCGAAAAGGACGGAGGAAGGGGGAAAUAAGGUAGGUGACGAAGAGACCACCAAACAAGAGGGUGGGAACGUGGAGGGAGAUAUAAUCAUGGAAGCGGUGAGACCAGUUCCGGAUGGUGCGGGAACCAUUAUCGUUCAAACUCCAGAGGAGGAAAAUAGAAGGAAUGGAAGACUUCCUUGGUCGGAAGGUGUCGUUCAAGCGGCGUACGAGCCUCAUACUCAUACACCUCAUAUCCCACUUCAUACCCAACCGACCACCGCUACCCUCACUCGUCUCGCUCCAUAUCCCACUCUCGAUCAAACCCAAUACCCCCCAUCUGGCGUCCAAAUGACCGGAUUGACAAGUAUCGAAUACGACUUUGUGAAUUCAUAUCCACCCGGCGGAGUCUGGCCUAUGGGUGAAGUCUGGAAUUGGAGUUCGAACGGAGAACUAAACUUAUUGUCCACGAGUGGGGAACAGUUCGGACCAUUGUCUACUCGAUCGGAAACGAGAAUGUGGGAUAUGGGUGUGGGAGCAGGCUGGGAAGAUCAUUCGAUGGUAGCGGGGGACAAUUGGGGUGGGUUUGAUGUGGGGAUGGUGAGAGAAGAAAGGUGUAGAUUGGUACGGGAGGCAGAGGAAUGGGAAAGGGUGGAAAGGGCAAAGAGACAAAGAGAUUUCAAAGGCAAGUUCUCACAUCAUGCUCCGACAUGUUCGGAACGCACAGAGCUUGUGUCCGAGGCGGCGGCAUGGACAGAAAUGUUGGGUGGAAUAACAGAUUGGGUGAUGUCCCGGGGGGGUCCCACUGCGCUUGGAGGGACGGCCUCUGGCCCUGUGACCAAAGCGUUCACAACCAAAUGCAUCCAAUCGGAGGAAAGGUCUCUUGGCUGCCUCGCCAGGCCAGCUGGAUCAAAAUCAGGAUCCUCGGGGUAA